AUGUAAUAAUUAUAAUCACUGCACAUCACCUUGGAUACGAAGUAAAUCAGUAAAAGACAAACUAACUAGCUCGUACUCGCCUCUGAGUAUUACUAUUUAGCUGCUACUUAUUGCCCCUUCGCAAUUUCUUGUUUGAGACGUCAGUAUAAUCACGCUAAAAAAAAUGAAUAACAACCUGUUAGUGCCGGCACUGCUGCUCCUCUCGUUGUUUGCUACCUCUUCUGCGUACCUUGAUGGAGCUCGUGAAGAGUCUUGUUACGACCACAGCAUUAUUCACACUGUAGAUUUAGGGGGGGGUGAAGUUAUAAAUGAUCCAAGUACAGUCUGUAACACCCCCUGUGGCUACCAACUAUAUGUUGUUGGGGAACGAGCAGAAAAUGGAACUCUGAUAGAAUAUGAAACGAGUACGACAACAAGUUUUGAGUACAAGCUGAACACCACUUAUCAAUUUUCGUUGAGGAUAAUCAUGUUGGCGGGUGGUCAGCAAACGAACGGCUUUGUAGGGUUCCUGGUUCAAGCUCGUAAUUACACAGACAUGUUUGUCCCUGAAUCCUCCAUACACGGGACGUGGGAGGACGAUACAAUGCUAUAUUAUAGACCACUGAACUGUGGCAAAUCCGUGGCCGAUACAUCUAUGCUUUAUCCUAACUCGGCUACUCAAAGGCUAUCUAUGGACAUUGCUGAUAUAAUGGGAGACAAUGAGGUGCUUCUCUACUGGGUAUCACCUGUCAAACAAGAUGACGCAGUCACCGUUGUGUUCUGGUAUACAAUUGUUCAGCAGCAUCGUGCUCAUUUUUUCCCUGUGAGAGGACCUGUUGGAAAUCCUCCUCCUCCUCCUACUCUACCUCCUACCACUCUACCUCCUACCACUCUGCCUCCUACCAAUCCACCGACAACUGAAACCGGUCCAUCGGUAAUUAGUGCAACUGAUUCUGGUCCACCGGUAACUGAUUCAGACAACAACGCUGCUGGCCUCACUGCUUCAGUGACCAUCUGGGCCAUUGGAAUCGCACUCAUUGCUGCACUCAAGCCGUUCUGAACUGGAGUAGUACGUAUACUGCAACUGAGUAGUUGAAUAUUCAUCAUUACAUAUUCAUCAUUACAUAUUCAUCAUUACAUAUUCAUCAUUACAUAUUCAUCAUUACAUACAUGUAAUUAUACUGAAGCGGAGUAGUUGAACAUUUUAUCAUUACCCUAUUGAACAUUUCUUAGCAUUACAACAUUCUCAGAUUGUAUACAGUACAUUAAUCAUGUAAAUAAUUUUAUUAUACAUUAUGUUGUGAUGACAAAAAUUUUCUCAGCAUAAACAUUA